UUUCCUUCUCCUAUAUUAUUGGGUUUCAGGGGUCUUCUUCUUCUUUUCUUCUCAAGAAACCAGUUUCUCCAACUUUGUCUUGGCCAAUUUAUUAAAUGUCUUCCCAGACCGAGAACGAAGAGUUCCCCAUUCUUCAGUUUCAAGCAACAGCUCCUCGUGCUCACUCUAGGACUUUUACCUCCAGGAAUCGUAGUCUUUCCCUCUCAAACCCAACUUUCUCCACUGAAGGAGUUGACCACUCGAGUGUGGUUUUAGGCUACACAGGCCCUCUUCGAACCCAGAGAGUACGACCUCGCUUGGUGCAAAUGAGUGGCCCUCUUUACUCCACUCGCAGACCUGAACCUCUCUCCCCUCUUUCUCCUCAAGAACCUCUUCGCUCCUCCUCCUCCUCUACCGUCAAUGUACCACCUGAAGAUGAUUUUGUCUUCCAAAACGCAAAUCUCUUGAGAUCUGGACAGUUAGGGAUGUGUAAUGAUCCUUACUGCACUACUUGUCCUUCUUACUACAACCGCCAAGCUGCUCAAUUUCACACUUCCAGAGUUUCUGCCUCUAGGUUUCACACUGUUCUGUAUGAUGAUGCUAGAGGUUGGGCUAAGCGACUUGCCUCCUCUGCUCGUAGAUGCUUACCUGGAAUUAUGAAUCCUCAUUCCAAAUUCGUUCAAGUCUGGACUAGAAUCUUAGCCGUUUCAAGCUUAGUGGCCAUUUUUAUAGAUCCUCUCUUCUUGUUCCUCUUAUUUAUCCACCAUGGAGACAAAUGCAUAUCGAUUGAUUGGCCUAUGACUAAAAAGUUGGUGUCUUUUAGAAGUAUAACGGAUCUUAUAUUCUUCAUUAACAUGCUGCUUCAGUUUAGGUUGGCCUAUGUAGCUCCUGAAUCUAGAAUAGUUGGUGCCGGCCAGUUAGUUGAUCAUCCAAGAAAAAUUGCUCGCCAUUACUUCCGAGGAAAGUUUCUUCUUGAUCUGUUCAUAGUGUUACCUAUUCCACAGAUUAUGAUAUUAUGGAUAAUACCACAACACUUGGGCAUAUAUAGGGGAGAAUGGGAGAGACGGAUCAUAAGCGCUACGGUUCUUUUUCAAUACCUUCCAAAGUUAUAUAGACUCUUACCUCUUAUUGCUGGACAAACACCAACCGGCUUCAUAUUUGAGUCAGCCUGGGCCAAUUUUGUUAUUAAUCUUCUCACCUUCAUGCUUGCUGGUCAUGCUGUUGGUUCGUGCUGGUAUCUUUCUGGUCUGCAGAGAGUAAAGAAAUGCAUGCUGACUGCUUGGGAUAUUUCUGGGGAUGAACUUAAAAGUCUUAUAGAUUGUGCUCAUGGAAAUUAUGCAUUGAAGUCACAACGUGAUCUCUGGAGAGAUAAUGCUAGUGUCAAUGCUUGUUUCCAAGAAGAUGGUUUUCCUUAUGGAAUCUAUUUGAAGGCAGUGAAUCUUACCAAUGAAUCUGAGUUCUACACAAGAUACAGUUAUUCUCUGUUUUGGGGAUUCCAACAAAUCAGCACACUUGCUGGAAACUUAUCUCCAAGUUACUCAGUGGGGGAGGUUUUCUUUACAAUGGGUAUCAUUGGACUAGGGCUUUUGCUUUUUGCGCGGCUUAUCGGUAAUAUGCACAACUUCCUUCAAUCUCUGGAUCGUAGGAGGAUGGAAAUGAUGCUGAGACGGCGUGAUGUGGAGCAGUGGAUGAGCCACAGACUGUUACCAGAAGAUAUAAGAAAGAGAGUGCGCGAGGCUGAGCGGUAUAAUUGGGCUGCGACUAGAGGAGUUAACGAAGAGUUGCUCUUUGAGAAUAUGCCUGAUGACCUUCAAAGAGAUAUAAGGCGACACCUCUUCAAAUUUCUCAAGAAGGUAAGGAUCUUUUCCUUGAUGGAUGAAUCAAUCUUAGAUGCCAUCCGUGAGAAGCUGAAACAGAGGACUUACAUAAGGGGUAGCACGGUGUUGCACAACAGAGGUAUAGUUGAAAAGAUGGUAUUCAUAGUGAGAGGUGAGAUGGAGAGCAGUGGGGAAGACGGCUCUGUUCUGCCAUUAUCGGAAGGCGACGUUUGUGGUGAAGAACUUCUCACUUGGUGCCUCGAACGCUCUUCCAUAAACCCCGAUGGGACGAGGAUAAAGAUGCAACCAAAGGGAUUGGUUAGCAACAGAAAUGUUAGGUGUAUGACAAACGUGGAGGCGUUUGCACUGAGUGUAGCAGAUCUUGAAGAUGUAACGAGCUUGUUUUCAAGAUUCUUAAGGAGCCAUCGAGUGCAAGGAGCCAUAAGGUACGAGUCUCCUUAUUGGAGGUUACGAGCAGCUAUGCAAAUUCAAGUGGCUUGGAGAUACCGAAAGAGACAACUCCAGAGAUUAUACACUACUCAGUCCAGUUACAACCGUUAAAUUGGAAGAUGAUGUUUGGUUUGGUGGUAGAUAAGUAAUAUAAGUAUAAAGCUUAGUGGUUUUUAAAUAGUUGUAAUAUAUAAAAUCACUCGAUGAUUCAUUAGUUGUAAUCUAUAUG